GAACAUAACACAGAAAUAACAAAAGAAAAUAUAGGAGUUGGGGGCAAGCAAGCAAGAACACAAAAAAUCGCAAAAAAGGAUAAUGUGUACUAAAAUACUAUAGAAUAUUAUAAUAUUUAAAAAAAAAAAACGCAAAAACAGAUUAUUAAAGAACGAGGUUAUACGCAAAUUAUCUAUAUAUGAAGUAGAUAUAUAUAUACAUAUAUGUAUAUAUAUCUCACAUAUAUAUAGUAUAAUUAUUUUUCAUUAAAAAUGCAACAAUAUACUUUGAUGAUGAUGUUUUUUCUAACCCUAUUAUUAUGUGAUUUAUUUUAUUAUUUAGAUGCAAAAAAAUGUUAUGUUUGUGGACCAAGCCCUCAUGAUCUGUUAGAGAACUUAAAUAUAACUACAUUAACAAAUAAUUGUACAGAUUUAGAUCAUUUAUGGAAAUUAAAGAAAACUGUAUUGGCACAAGAAACAUUUGGUCGUGAAUGUCCUGAAGACUAUAAAAGUUGUCUAUUGCAAAGAGAUGGAAACCGUAAAAUCACAAUCAGAUCAUGUGAAAAAUUACAAUUAGAAGAUUGUCAAAAAGCAAAUAAUGUUACAUAUUGCUAUUGUCUUAAUGACUAUUGCAAUUAUGAAAAUGUUCCUGAUCAACCUCAUAUAUUAACAUCAAAGGAUAGACGACAACAGCAACAACAAUUACACCAUUCAAUAUCAGAUGAAAUUAAUGAUGAUGAAGAUUUAAAUGAUGAUGAAGAAGCAUCUGGUUCUAAAGAACAGAAUACACGUAGAGAUAAUUCUGGUUUUACAACAAAAUCUUCUGAUAAAACAAAAACAAAGAAGAAUUCUGCAUCAAGAUCAUUAUCAUCAUUAACAUUCAUUGAAAUUUUAUAUUACUUAGCUUUAACGAUCAUUAAUGAUAUUCGAAUUUCUUAAUAACAUUUAAAUAAAGAUGAAAAAUCCAAAAUAAAAUGAAAAACAUUCCAUAAAUAUAAAGAAUUGUAACAUUGUGGAAAUAUCAAAUUCCU